GGUUUCACGAUCGUCUUCAACGCUUUGGACAACCUGGACGCCUGGAGACAUGUCAACAAAAUGUGCAUUACUGCAAACAUUCCCCUGAUAGAGAGUGGCACAACUGGGUUCAUGUACGAAGUUAUGUGGGAUACUAGACAAUUCAAUACCAAGGAUCUGUGGCCAGAGGACACCACCAAGCAGCCUUUGGUUUACAGCGCCGGUGAUCCGAGAUCUCGAGGCUGGAGAAUGGUAGUAUCGCCGCGGGUAAAGACAGUACCCAGAAAAAGAUGA